AGAGGUGCUGGCUGUUUAGUGCCACUGGUGGCGGUAAUGAGGUGGGCCGUAUAAAAGCCGCCGUCCUCUCCUCGCGAUUCCUUUUGCAUCCGCGUCAUUGGUGCGUCACUUCCGGGUCCCCGGUUGUUUAGCCGACAGGUAUGGCUGCCCGCUGUUUCGACUCAUUGAUCGCUUGGUUCUUUCUGCGUGCUCACGGCAUUUGUGUUUGCAGGGUGAUUGUUUUGCAUGCUGCUCUGGGCAACUCAUGUGCGGCGGUGCCUUCUGUUUGGUGAAUGCCAGCAGCGGCCGGUGUCCUCUCUCCCUCUCUCCUCCUUGAGAGUAUGUGUGUGUCCCUAACAGGUAUGUGUGUAUUAGUAUGGUCAACUACAGUAUUAUAAUAUCAAGCCGUAAUGCUAACAGUAUCUCUUUCUAAUUAGGAUUGUGCAAUUAGCUGGUGGUUGCUGCUGCUUUGUCUCCGCGGUUGUCUCCGCGGCUGUCUCCGCGGCCGCUCUGUCUUUAUUAAAGACUGUCCAUACUAAAGACGUUGUCUCCACUAAAACUCAUCUGUAAUCACCCUGCUGGAGCUCGUUCCUGGGCUGCUAAAUGCGCAACCGCGCUCAAUAGAGCUGGUGUAUUGCAGCCGAGCUGCUGCCCGCUGUUGACGGCCCACACCGUGCCCCCAGAACACUGAUUCGGACUUUGAUCCAGACCCGGAAUGAGUGUUUUAUUAUAAGUGUUUAUUUUAGGAUUAUUUUGUACACCAUGUUAUUUUAGGAUUAAAAUGGGCAGUCACUGAUUUUGUUAACAUUUGAUUUUGUGUUUGUUUUUGUUGAUUUGCCCACUAAUUUGUUUAUCCCUUUUUCUUUAGUUGCUGGAGACUGGUGGUGGCGGUGCUCGUGCUCGGGUGGUGGUGUCCUCCCCUUUUCCGUCGUUUGCUGUGUCCUGGGAGUGGUCUUCACUAGAGUGUAUCACGUAUGUCGGGUGUUUUAAGUUGAUUUCUUUAUUGUUGGUGGAUCUCCUCCCCCCUCUGCACUAGCCCUUCUCCAUCCAGUCAGCUCCAGCUCUCCCCCCCCAGUUUGCUUUUCUUGCUUUUAUAUUUGAAGGACUGUUUUUAAGAUUAUUGUGAAAAAAAAGUAUAAUAAAACUAUUUCUAUUUUCAUAACCACGUCUCCUGCCUUUGAGUAAACCUUACCUGUGUGCUGCUCCCAAAUUAAUUCCCUGGGUGAAAUUCCCAGGGUGGCGUUGUCGGUUUCUUUCCUUAAUUUGGCUGUUUAAAUUAUAAGGUUUAAUUUCUUUAGUUCACUUUACACUCGCCACAAACUUGGCGUUGUCGGCAGGAUUUGCUCUUUUUAACGGCUGAGACGUGUGUUCACUUCUGUUUAGUUUUUUUUUCUUGUUUUUUUUUUCUUCUUUUGUUGUCUUUAAUUUGUUGUGUGGCCUAAUUUUCUUUCUGUUUGUGCAUACAGAUUGGAGUAAUUGGAGACAAAGCAGCAGUGGCCCUUUUGUGGACGUUGAGUUUUGGUGCCUACUACAGGUUUGAAUUUUGUGGUGCUUUUGCAUCAUAGUUAGUGGUAGUGUGAGUUUGUAGUAAUCAUGGAGGACGAAAUACUUGAACUUAGAGGGCUGAUUGCACAGUUAACAGCAGAUAAUGAGCGGUUACGACAGGGACAGGCUGGCCCUAGUGUUCUGCCAUCUACUUCUUCAGCACCACCUGUUAUCCCCCCCACUUCUGGUCCCUCCGUAGCAGAGAGGUUAAUUUUUGUGCCUAGAGAUAGGAAGUGUCCGGUCUUUAGGGGAAGGACAGGCGUAGGAUUGAGUGAGUGGGUGGAGGAGGUGCAGGCGAGUAUGAGGGCUCGGCGUUUGUCCCAGUCUGAUCAGGCGUUUUUCCUGCUCGACCACCUAGAGGGAGAGGCCAAGGAUGAGAUAAAGUAUCGCUCUGCCGCUGAGAGAGAGAACCCUGUUAAAAUAUUUGCCAUUUUGGAGGAGCUGUACGGGUGCUCAGAGUCGUAUGUUUCACUGCAGCAGGCUUUCUUCUCCAGGAGGCAGCAAGAGGGAGAAACUCUUCAGGAGUUCUCCCUUGCUUUAAUGGGCCUAAUGGAGAGGGUGAAGCAGUGCGCCCCCACUGACAUGCCGGAUGCCGGGACCCUUUUGAGAGAUCAGUUUGUCGAGCACGUCUUGAAUCGUUCCUUGUGUCGUGAGUUGAAGCAGCGGGUGCGUAGUCAGCCUGAUUGCACCUUACUCGAUGUGAGGGCCGAGGCUAUUCGCUGGGAGCGGGAAGGUUUGCCUGGUGGUGCGAGAGGUCGCAGCCAAUCAGUCCCCUCAGUGUAUGGUGUCCAGUAUGGUGUUCAUGGUGGCCCCCAGGGGGCUGUUCCAUCCUCCACGGCUUCUGAGAUGAGUGAGAUGAGGGAGAUGUUGGAGCAUCAGCAAGCGCAGCUCAAUCAGCUCAUGAGGAGCAUUGCUCAGCUACAGAACUCCAACCAGUACCGUCAUCCACCACCAUCAGGGCCCUUAAUAUGCAGACGUUGUAAUCAGCCUGGGCAUUAUGCACGUGAGUGUGAUGGGGUGCGUGUUCCUUCUCGUUCUCAGUUUCCUUCACGACCCCACUUGAAUACUGGUCGGCAGUCUCGCUCUCCGGUGUCGGAAAACUAGUGCCCACCGAACUGCAGAGCCACAGUUUGGGUGGGGCCGCUACUGGCUCAAAAGCUGCUUUACGCAACUUGGAUGCUUCGGGAUUGGUUUCGUCUUGCCCCCAUUUGGAUGUAGACAUGGGUGGUGUGAGGGUCCCUUGCCUGGUAGACACCGGUUCCAUGGUGUCUACAAUCUCUGAGAGUUUCUUC